CGCUGUCACACAGCGCUCGGAGCUGGGCUCCGGGGAGCUUGGAGCCGCCGGGUUUGGGGGUUUUUUCCACGCUCAGGGAAGCCGUGGGGUGCCGGGAUGAGCUUUGGGAAUGAGCUGGGCAGGGAUGGAGCCGCGGGUGGGAGGAAAAGAGGGAAAUUGUGGAAGAAUCCCAAGGGAAAGGGGUUUGGGAUUUUGCCAGGAGCCAGCGCUGAAUCUCAGCAGGUCCCGGGAUCCUCGGGGAGCUUCUCUUCAUCCCAGCGCCGGGUCCUGGCUGAGCGAAACCAUCUCCAGGGGCCGUGAGGAGAGAGGGUUUCUCCUGGGAGAGGGCCAGCAGAGCCAGGAGCCGCUGUCGGAGCUGGAGAAGGCCAUGGACGUCAUCAUCGACGUCUUCCACCAGUACUCCCGGCGGGAGGGGGACAGGGACACCCUGAGCAAGAAGGAGCUCAAGCUGAUGAUUGAGAAGCAGCUGGCGAAUUACCUCAAGCACGUGAAGAACAAGGCCACCAUCGACCAGAUCAUGAAGGACCUGGACGUCAACAAGGACGCCCAGAUCAGCUUCGGCGAGAUGAUGCUGCUGGUCACCCGCGUCACCUGCGCCACCCACGAGCACCUGCACGAGGUGGAGGACCAGCAGCACCAGCACCACCACCAGCACCACCACUGAGGCUGCUUCCUCACCCUCCGAGGGAUCUUCCCGCUUGGAAAAGGCUCCCAAGCCCAAUCCCGCCCGGAGCCGCCGCUCCCUGCCCGCCUCCCUCCUCCCCUCCCUCCCCGCGCCGCGGUUCUGCUGCCGAAUAAAGAUUUACCCCGAGGCUGA